AUGCACCACAGACGCGCGAUCAGCAAACCGACGCACAACGACUCAGCCGACGCCGAUUGCCAGCCCAUCGCGACCGAUGCCCUCUCUCCCUCCGGUCCCGUGCCAACUGGACAGGAGCGAGUCGCCACCGUGUUCACGUGGACGCACGGCGGCAAGAACGUUGCCGUUACGGGAACGUGGAACAAUUGGCAGGGGGUGAUUCCGUUGAACCGCAGCGAGCACGACUUCACCGCCAUCAUCGAUCUCCCACCAGGCGUGCACCAGUACAAAUUUAUCGUUGAUGGCAAGUGGACCCACGCAGCGGAUCAGCCUGUCGCUACCGACUCGGGAGGCAAUAUCAACAACUGCAUGGAGAUCAAGGAGUUCCGGCUUGGCCAGUCAAAGAACAAUGCGCUGGGGCGGGGGUCGCCACCGGGAAGCUACACACAGGAGAUACCAGAGCUCAUCAAAUUCAAUGACAUGUUCGACGAACCACAGGACCUCGGCACACCCGGACCUGGCGGCCAAAAGAAAAAGCCUGAUGAGCCUCCAGUUCUGCCGCCUCACCUUCUCGGCACGCGAGCAGUCCUCAACACCACCACAGGCACCCUGCCCUACCCUACGCUCUCCCUGCGCGCGUGUCACGAUCCCACGGUGUUGCCGCUGCCCAACCAUGUAAUGCUAAACCACCUGUACUUCAGGAAGCACGAGGACGACCACAAGCGCGAUAUCCUCAUCCUUGGCACAACUCAACGAUAUAAGGCACGCCGCAAGCUGUCGCGAUGGGCUUCUCACGAUCCAUCUCAGUUUCACCAUCACUGCUCCAACCUCCAACUCGAACAACAGGAGAAGUUUGUCACAACGGUGUUCUACAAGGCGGCGCCGGCACUAAGCGAUGUAAAUAGUGGUUCAACGACCACCUCGCCAUCAGUAACGCACCGCCGCCCGCCGCCGCCGCUCGACAUGACGGGCCAGCCAGCGACGUCCAAGCCCGUCGCGCGCCAGCUCUUCUCGCCCCGUGACGGCGCCAUCGGCUCGCCGCGCCGUCCCGCAGCAGACGACGGCUACACCACCACUUCCGCCUCAGCUGCGGGUGCCUCAGCACCACUCACCAACCACCCCACGAUGGCCCUCACCAUGGACCGAGGCACGGGCGGCGGCACAGAUGGUGGAGGUGGAGGUGGAGGUGGAGCGACGAGAGCUGGCCAAGGUGGAGCCCCAGGGACGACGACCGCGAUGGACAUUGUGGCCAGGCGGCGGGUGAGCGUGAGCGGCGACGGGGCGGUGCUGGGACGAAGUCCGGUGCAGGACGAGGGCGCCGGGCUCGACGGAGUCACGGACGUCCCCGUCACCACCUACCACGCCGACUACUCCCUCCGACAAACCAUGGGCUGA